CCGAGCAAGCCUCAGAUCACGUGGGUCUGUUUUUGACAAGAGAAGUUUCGACCUGAAACGUGCCGCGCAGCAGUGUUUUGUGGACAUGGCUUUUUGUUCAUUUAAAGGAGGAGAGAUCUUUAAAGAUCACUACGAACCGGGUAUCUAUGUUUGUGUAAAGUGUGGCUAUGAGCUGUUCUCCAGCACAUCGAAGUAUAAGCACUCCUCUCCCUGGCCUGCCUUCACUACAACUAUCCACGAGGAUAGUGUCUCCAAACAGGAGGAGAGACCUGGUGCACUGAAGAUUCGCUGUGGGAAGUGCAAUAAUGGCCUGGGUCAUGAGUUUCUGAACGAUGGACCCAAGCACGGACUGUCCCGAUUCUGAAUAUUCAGCAGCUCACUCAAGUUUGUCCCUAAAGAUAAGGGUGGACAGUAGAGUGAGCUGAUGGAUGGAGGAGUGAAGAUGACAAAAAAAUGCACAGAGGGACUCUGUUCUGUGGAAGGUGUGGACAUUUCAUGAAGUGUUUUGCUACAAAGCCCAAAGUGGAAGUCAGAACACUGAUAUUUAUGGCCACACUGGUACAAACAGAAGAAGUCUGUUCAAGUCUGUUCUUAGUCAAUAUCAAUGCACACCAAAAAUGAAUCUAGAUGUAAUUGCUGUAUGACAUUUCUUAGCUGAUUGACUGUUUUAUGAGAACACCUUUACAACAGUAAAUAGAUCUUUGCCUUAAACCUUACUAAAAAAAAAAAAAAAAAAAAAAAAAAAGGCAGAAUAACAGAAAAUAAUGUUUCGUACUCUGAGAAAGAUUAAGAAUAAAAUUUUUAUCAUAUAAAAAGAAACAUUUGUUAAAGUUGUAUUUUUUUUUUAUUUUGUAAUUGCUUUCAUCAGUUUAGUCUACUGCUAAUGUUUCAAUAUCUUCUGGAAGUACAGCACUGAACUGUUUUUGGUUAAAUAUUCAAUAUUUUCAUUCAGGAGGGGCUCAAAUGCUGGUGUUUUUUAAAAAACUUUGUACAGAGGUUUGUAUAUACAGUCCCCUCCACUAAUAUUGGCACCCUUGGUAAAUAUGAGUAAAGAA